CGCCCGCCCGCCCGCCCGCCCGCCCGCCGACGAUUGCCGCCGCCCAUAUCGCCGCCGAUUGAAAGCGUCCUCCAGCAGCCCACAUCCCAUCUCCGGGUUUUUGGACGAAACAAGCAGGCUUAGCUCCUCUAUCCGAAUCAUUGGUUGAGUGGUGGAUUUGAUUCUGUGUUCUUUGCUGCAUUAUGAUUCUUCAUCUUGUGCCUACAGUCGCCCGUCCAUUCUGCAACACAUACCCCUUUCCUUCCAGUGCUGGGAGGAAAACAACCUUACACUUCUCUUUCCAAUCCGGAUUGAAGGAAUCUUCUUCACGGUAUCCAUCGAUUCAAUCGACUCCUGAUCACAUAUGUGAGUCUUCUUUGGAUAAGCAUGAUGAGAUCACUGUCCGUGGGGUAUCAGAUACAAUUGUUGGUGUAUUGGGUGGUGGCCAACUAGGUAGAAUGCUAUGCCAAGCAGCAAGCCAAAUGGCUGUUAAAGUAGUGACUUUGGAUCCCCUUGAAUCCUGUCCUGCGAGUAGCAUAGCUUAUGAACAUGUAGUGGGGAAAUUUGAUGAUGGUGAGACUGUUUGUGAAUUUGCAAAAAGGUGUGGGGUGUUGACAGUUGAGAUUGAACAUGUUGAUGCUGUUACUCUUGAGAAACUUGAAUUGCAAGGAGUAGACUGCCAGCCUAAAGCCUCUACAAUAAGGAUUAUACAAGACAAAUAUCUUCAGAAGGUUCAUUUUUCUCAGUAUGGGAUCCCACUUCCUGAUUUUUUGGAGAUACAUAACCUUGCUGAUGUUGAGAAAGCUGGAGAGUUAUUUGGUUAUCCUUUAAUGAUUAAGAGCAAGAGGUUGGCCUAUGAUGGGCGUGGAAAUGCUGUUGCUUACAGCAAAGAGGAAGUUCCUUCCCUUGUGACUGCAUUGGGAGGAUUUGAGCAUGGCUUAUAUGUUGAAAGAUGGACCCCAUUUGUGAAGGAACUUUCUGUCAUUGUAGCCCGGGCUAGAGACCACUCAAUCCGAUGUUUUCCUGUGGUUGAGACUAUUCACAGGGACAACAUCUGUCACAUUGUUGAAUCUCCUGCUGAUGUGCCCGACAAGAUAAAGAAACUUGCAGUUGAAAUUGCUCAAAAAGCUAUCGGAUCGCUAGAAGGGGCAGGUGUAUUUGCGGUAGAACUAUUUUUGACAAAGGACAAACAGGUGUUACUGAAUGAAGUAGCUCCUAGACCCCAUAAUAGUGGGCAUCACACAAUUGAGUCAUGCUAUACUUCACAAUAUGAACAGCAUCUGCGGGCUAUUCUUGGUCUUCCUCUAGGUGAUCCAUCAAUGAAAACCCCAGCGGCAAUAAUGUACAACAUUCUAGGUGAAGAUGAGGGAAAUUCAGGAUUUUACUUAGCUCACCAGCUGAUUGCAAAGGCACUAAACUUACCUGGCGUUAGUGUCCACUGGUAUGACAAACCAGAAAUCCGAAAGCAACGAAAGAUGGGUCAUAUCACAAUCGUAGGCCCUUCCAAGAGCAGUGUCAAAGCACGACUUGAUUCCCUUCUUGAAAGAGAGACAUCAGGAAGUCAUGAUUUUGUUACUCCACGUGUCGGGAUAAUCAUGGGUUCCAAUUCUGAUCUUCCUACGAUGAAGGAUGCUGCUGUGGUGUUGAAAAGUUUUGGAGUGCCAUACGAGGUAACAAUUGUUUCCGCUCAUCGCACGCCGGAUAGGAUGUUUACUUAUGCAUCAUCUGCCAAAGAAAGAGGAAUCCAGAUCAUAAUAGCCGGCGCUGGUGGUGCAGCACAUCUACCAGGGAUGGUUGCUUCGCUGACCUCGUUACCGGUCAUUGGAGUCCCAAUAAAAGCAUCAUCACUGGAUGGAAUUGAUUCCUUAUUAUCCAUUGUCCAAAUGCCGAAGGGAAUUCCAGUUGCAACUGUUGCUAUUGGAAAUGCAGCAAAUGCAGCAUUACUAGCAGUCAGGAUUCUUGCUGCCAGUGAUUCCAAUUUGUCAGACAGGGUCAUCAAAUAUCAAAAUGAGUUGAGGGACACUGUUUUAGCAAAAGCAACAAAACUUGAAGCAGAAGGUUGGGAGAGAUACCUAAAUGAAUGAUCCUCGUCCUUCUGAAUGGUUAGUUCGGCUAAUCAUUUAUUUUCUGCUUAAUGUUAUGAGCUUAUUGAGGAUUUUGAGUUAAAAGAGAUUGUGUUAGAAUAAUUAUCAUUAAGCAUCCAUUAAAAUUGUCCCUCUGCCACAAUCAUUCAAUAUAUAUUUGGGAUUUUCAUUAGGGUUGUAAA